UGUGACGGCUUUGCUCCUAAUAUUCUGGUCUCUCCAUGGAGAAGUCAUUGGUAAUUCAAAUAAGGCCCUAUGCAUUCAGCAGUUAGGCUCAGUCCCAGUGGAAGUCGGAGGCUCCGUCACCAUCCCAUGUAACUUCACUGUCCCCAAAGACUUGGAAGGCAUCAUAGAAGCCAGAGUGUCCUGGAGAAGUGGGUCAAACAGCCCUUGUGGAAGCAAUUCAUUUGUUUAUAACCACACUGAACACCGCAACUGGACACGCGCUGACUACAAUGGACGGAUCACCAUGGUGGGAAAACCCAAGGAACUUAGAACAGCUUCUAUCAGAAUCCAGGAGUUGGGAAAAAAGGACGGCCCAAUGUUUUGCUGUCGGGUGGAAUUAGUUAACACAGAAAAUAAAACAGAAAAACAAUGGCAGAAUCGUCAUGGGACAUUUUUAAGGUUUUCAGAUGAGAUCUGGGUGGAUCAGUUAGAAGUCAUCCAUGCCCUCCCAGGAGAACAAGUCACCAUUCCAUGUUAUAUUCAUUACCCACCUGGGACAGAUAAGGGUGCAGGACAGGUGACCUGGAGGAAAGGAAACAGUCUUGUUUGCAGUGAUAAUACACAAAUAGAGACACGGACUAACGUCUCAUUAUACUUAGAGAGUGUGAAGCCUUCAGAGAACAGUCACUACUGCUGCGAGAUUAAAAUAGGACGUUCUACAUACACGAGUGCCCUUAGUACACAACUGAGUGUUGAAGAUUAUACAUCUGGACCAGAAUUCACCAUUCUCCAGCCAGCUGAAUCUUCUGCCAGCAUAGGAAACCCAGUAACCAUCAGCUGCUCCAUCAAGUACCCACCAGAGAAAAAGCCUCUAUGGACUGGGGUUUACUGGAAAGUAGGCAGCAUCAGAGGAGAUUAUUCCUACCACCCCUCUCAGAGCAUGGUCCAUUCCAGAUACAGGGGUCGGACAGAGCUAAGAGGGCAAAUGGAUCUUCAUAUACAGGGGGUCCAAGACUCAGACAACGACACCUUUUACUGCCUGGCGAUCCUUCGAUUCUGUAAUGGAACUAAUAUAUUCAACACAAAAAUUAUCCACGGGAAAGGAACCAGACUGAGAGUCACACGUGACAUACGAGAGGCUCGCUAUACAGAGAUCAUCGCCCCGCUCUGUGCUCUACUUAUUGUAAUCAUAUUGUGUGUGAUCCUGAUCUUCCUGAAGAGGAGAGGUGUAAUUUGCACAAAACACAGCACUAAAGAAGACGUUGGUCGGCCGGCACCUCCGGACAAUCCACCCAGGGCUCAAACGCAGUCUGAAUAUGAUUACGCCAAUGAAUUGCCCUCUGCCUCACAGACAGGACAAGUGGAUUCCGGAGGUGUUCUCUAUGCUCAAUUCAACAUAAUUCCUCUCAAUAAGGGAAAAACAGGCAACCAUACCAAGGAAGACCCUCAAGUUCUAUACGCGGCUGUUAGACCUACUCGUUAGCGCAUGAGCUGCCUACAACAGUUAAAUAGUUAC